UACUCCACUUUAUAUAUUAGCUUUCUACUAGCUAGCUAGCUACAUACUAGGCAAUGUUUCUCAAACACACUCUUGGAGAAAUUAAGAAGCAAAACAACAAAAUACAUUUCUGACACACCUACUUCCUCAUAAACCUUAACAAUGUCUAGCAGAAGAUCUGGUUCAAGACAAUCUGGUGUUUCAUCUGAAAUCACUGAUGCUCAAAUUAAUGAUCUUAUUAACAAGUUACAACGACUUAUCCCUGAACUUGCAAGGCGUUCCGACAAGGUUUCACCUACUAAGGUGUUGAAGGAGACUUGCAAUUACAUCAAAAACUUGCACCGAGAGGUUGAUGAUUUAAGUGACCGAUUAUCACAACUUUUGGACACCAUAGACCCUAACAGCGCUCAAGCAGCUAUUAUUAGGAGUUUAUUUAUGUGAUAUGUUUGAUAAAUUAAUUUUAGUGUUUAAUUAUAAGUUGUGUGCAUGUCUUUUAAUAUGUCUCACUAGCUAGUUAGUCAUUUAUAAUAUAGCUAGCUAGUCAUUUAUAAUAUUGUCGUCCUCUCUUAAGGGUGAUGUUUUUCAUAUAUUUUAAUUUGAGUAAAUCAUUAUAUAAGUUUCUGAAAGUA